AUGCCUUCUCCGUCCGUACAAUCAACACGCAAAGGAGGCUUGAGCCUUGGCGAAGGCAUCGGGGUGGGUGUUGGUGUCGCAGCCGGAUGGAAAGGCUACCCAGGCGAAUUGGUGGAAAGGCCGAGCACAACCAUGAGCAACAACGACAGAUCUGUGGAACCGUCCCAUAUUCAGUUCGCCAGGAACUUGGUUGGGGGUUGA